GGAAGUCUUCGUUGAAAAAUGAGAGUUGCCGUCUCUAUAUUGAAAGAGGUGUACACACUAUAUAUUUUUGAGUAAUUCUAGCUUGUUUUCUCCAUAUUGUGUGUGAAUUCAGCAGCAUCGUAAAGAAUUAGCAUGUCUGCAAUGAAGUGAUCAAACCUAAAAGUGCUCCAUACCCAACUUUUUGUUGACUUUUUGUUUUGUGCCAUUGAGCUGUCUCGCUUGCUGUAAAAAAAAUCAAACUUGCAGAAGGUAAGAAAAGAAGAGCGCAGAAGAGCGCCAUGAGGGGCGGCGAGCUGCUUCUUAAAGUUACCGUUACGGCUGUACUUCUGGAAACACUUGCACUUCUACAUGGUGGGAUUCUGCUGAGCAUGUGGCGAUCCAGGACCAGCACGAUGACGCAGCGGCCACAGUUUUGGCUUAACAAGAUCGAGGACGCGCCUUUGCGUACUCGCGUGACUGGUGACACAGCAAGCAAUAACACUGCGGAUGGAGCUCGCAUCGCGGCGCACAGUAACUCCUCUGUCACUGCUAUGGGGCAACACAUCAAACAGACUAAACAUGGACAGGAGGAAGAGUUUGAGCGCAGAAACCUUGCCCUGCUUCGUUGGUGUAACAAACCUCCCGCACGGAUCGUCAAUCCGCUCCUGAUUUGGCGAGUGGCAUUCAAAUAUGUGUUGCCGGGAUCUCUGAUGCUGUUUACGGUGCCUAAGGUUGGGUCUACCGCGCUAAGGAAUUUCAUCACUUGGAUGAAGGAGAAGACUCCAACGACUCCCCGACCUCUCAAUGCAGUGGUGGUGAGACACCCGCUGGCCAGGCUCGCCUCCGCUUACAGAGACAAAUUCCUGAACGGCAAAGCAAUCCUCGAGUAUGACGAUGAAUGGCGAAACGUCACGCAGAGUUUAGAAAGUUGGGAAACACGUUUCAACAAAUACUGGCUGCCUGCACUCGUCUCUCAGGGAUUUCUGCCUCGAACUCAAGAGUUCAACGAAACACUGCACAAAAUCAUUAGAACAUACCAGGCAUAUGUAAACAACUAUGUAAGCAAGUCUGGUGCUCUCUUGGCCAACCCUUCACAAGAGGAAAAUCAGUUUUACGGUGUAAAAGAAAUGGACAUUGCCUACCUCAUGAUGCUGUAUGGACCUUGCAUGGGUCUCUCCAAGAUAUUAAAAAAUGCCUAUAACUUCAGCGACCUUAUACAACGAUUCAGGAACAUAUCGUUCACUUUCAACCAAUUUCUGCAUCACGUGGUCUGGACCCAUGACAUGGGAAUGCCCGAUGAACACUGGAUGACCUACACGGAGAUGUGGGAGCCUUGUCGAAUAAAGUUCGACUACAUCCUUAAGUUAGAGACUAUUAAGGAGGAGAUGGAACAUUUGUUCUGCAGGGUGUUGGGCUUCCAGGAGGUCAGCUUUCCGGUGAAGCACCGCAGCUACGGCCACGACCUCGGCCUCUCUGACCAGGAGUACUACGCGACCGUGAGCAGGGAGCUGAUGGACCGACUGCUGUUUAUUUACAGGCACGAUUUCGCUAUCUUCGGGUACAGUCAAGACCAGUAGUGCACGAUAAGGAGGAAGAAAGAGUUUGUUAUUUGGACCUUCUGGCAGGAACGGAGCAGCGCUCUUUUUUCAGUACCGGAAGCACCUUAAGGAAAAAAAAAGCCUGCUAUGCUCUGCUCCUAUAAAACGAGGAUAGGUGAGUGGCCAAAAAAGAGGCUCAGUGUUGGUAAGAGAGUUGUUUCGGUACUCCCUUGAAAGAAUUCAAGUCGUCGGCGGGAGGAAACACAAACGAAGGAAGGCUGUUCCAGAGUUUACCAGCGAAUGCUAUGAAAGAAUGAAAAUGUUGAUUAACUCCUUCAUAAGCGAUUUGGACAGAAUAGGGAUGAGUUAAAGUAGAAAGUCCAAGGCCGCGAAUGAUGUGGAGGCAUGCAGUUAACAAGUUCAGAAAAAAAAGUCAGUAUGAUAAUUUUGGGAGAAGAUAGAAAGGGAGGCGACAUUGCUGCAGAAUUUUAAGUGGUACGAGAUUAUCAGUUAGAGGAAGGGAGUUGAUGACGUGAAAAGUCUGUGGCUCUACUCUGUCUAAAAAAAGCGUGUGUGUGGAACCACCUCUACACAUGAGAUGCAUUCUCUGGAGCAUGGUUAACCCCAACCCCAUAAAUCCCCCUCUCCCCACACACAAAAAAGUUUUCUCACCUGACACUUACUCCCCCCAGGACACAUUCCCUCAUGGACAUUUUCUCCUCUUGAAAAUAUCCCUCCUAGCACAAGGCCCACACGCACACGUGUCUACGCAGGGCUGUUUUUAUCACCUACUCAGAAAACGUGGAGGAAAGCUCAGUCUUGGUCUGGUGCACAGGUACAGAACUAAAGAUAGAAUCAAGCACUGUUGCCAUAAUUGAUGGCUUUGGAUUUCUACCUCUUGAAGAUGUUUAAGUUGGAAUGAGAUACACAAAAAGAAAAUUCCCCCGAAGGACUAGAGGAGCUUGUAGAAUAUUUUUACUCAGUUUAUGUUAGUGUCAGUUUUUACAGUGUGUAGACAGCAGCCCACCAGCAUGAUGUGUGACUUGUCAUCCCUGAUGUAGAAGAUAAAACAAAAAAAACUGUGUGAGGGUUCGAAUCUCCCAAUUUUUCACUUGCUCGGUCACGAACAUCCACCGCUGUGGACACCCAUUAAUGCAUCCCGUUAAGACUGGUCCCCAGGUUCCCUUACCCUGCUUCUGGAAGAACGAGGUAAACCACCAUAAAAAAUAAAACACAACACAUAAUGUAUCGA